AUGCUCGGCACCGCUCCAUCCGCUAGCACCAAGGACGAAUACAGCCUAGAAAAGGUUCCAAAUCUGUACAAUCGAGUGUCGGACACGUAUGGUCCUAGCGUUUUCCUCGCUUGGAUCCUCGUCGCUUAUACAAUCGCCGCGCAAAUCGGCCAGGAGAAGUCUCCCAGCAUCGACAUGAUCAAGCGCGACCUCGUCAUCACAAUCUCCUACCUUAUUGCCGUUGCUAUCCACCUCGUCCUCCAAGUUGCGCGAUUUCCCGGCCCACGAAAAGAGAUCUGGACAACUACAGAAGAGCAGCUCGUGCCCUACGCCGCUGCGAUAUGGGCUUCUGCGUUGAUGUGCAGAAUUGCGUUAGCAAUGAACACCAUUCUAGCCUUUCUCUUCCUGCACUUCGGACGCUCGACCGAGUUUGUUCGCAAGAGUCAGGAACCGUUGCCGAAAAAGCGAUUCUGGCUGCUCGGGGUUUCUAGUCUCUGGAUCUCGGUCGCCCUGUGCUUCGAAAGCUUUCCCGGAUCUCAACACGGCGUCGGCAUCUUUGGAGCUGGCCAAAAGAUCUGCGGAGCGGCAUACGCGCUAUUCGUGACGCCGCUCCUACUAUGGGUCGUCUUGCACAUCUUGAUUUCACUCAUUGCGUCCCUGUAUCAACCCGUCAGAGGCGUCGGGGUCCUUACUUCUAUGGAGGUAUUUGCGCUGCUGGGGACGGCUUUCCUUAGCUUCUUAUCGAUUCUUUUUGUCGUGUGUGUGAAUGGGUGGGUCGGGUUUGAGAUGUGGUCGCGCAUGCUGCCCAAGUCGGGUCAUCCUGUUCUUGAGCUUGGACAGGCUUUGGCACUCGUGGGCGGGUGCAUAAAUGCAGCGUUCUCGUUGCGGAAUGUCGUCAAGCGGCGCGGACGAAAGUACUGGGCGGCUGUGUGGAAGGACGCUACGAAGAAGCACGGGGAGUCUGUGCGGUAUUGUGGAGGUCUUCCUAAGUAG